AGCUGGCGGCUCGAAGCAAUUUCACCAAGUUUCAAGCCUGCAGCCUGCAGACCAUGUCCUCUCGGGUUGAGGUUCUGAAAGCCUUGGGGAUAUCCAUUGAGGACUCCGCUGAUGCAGAGGUGGCAUGGAAUGCCAUCCAAUGUGGCAAGGAUGUAUCUGUCGAAGGCUCCAAAGCAAUGUGGCCGGAAGCAGUAGUUCUGCCGGCAUUGUGGCGUUUGAGCGCCUCCCACUACCGGUUGGUAGUGGUGGCCUGUGAAGGCGUCAAUGUUUCUGUGUUCAGAGGCCAGCGAAACUCUUUGUGUGGCUUUGAUGGCCCAGAUGUCUCAUUGGGUGAAGGUGUUGGGGAGCACCUCCUCCCAGACAGCUGUACCAAGCCAGUAUUUGCUCUUGACCGCCCAAGAGAUCACGCCAGAGAAGCUGCAAGCCAUAGGGCAAGAUGAAGGCUGUCACGUCAUCCUGGUGAUCCUGUGUCCUAAGGAAGAGCAAGCCUUUGCCCUUCGCUCCGGCUUACAACUGCUGCCGAUUCCAAAUCAAGUCAUCAUGGCCGUUGAGUCCUGGAAGGAUGACACCAGGCAACUGGCAACCGACAUCUUGGGCAAUCCUGUGACCGUGAUGCUGCCAAGUGAAAGGCCGAAUGCGGUGAGCUUGCCAGAGCGGAAGGAAGAUGAUGCUCAGCUCGUUGCCUCCUUCAUGGCCAACAUCCUUUGCCGCUCAGAAGACCGAGAACUCCGGGCUGCCUGCAGGGCCUUAAUCAAGGACUCCAACAGAUCAGCGGAUGAAGCAGCCGAGACGCAGCCUGCGAGCCAAGUAGGUGACCUCUCCAUUGAGCAGGUGGAGGAUGCGGAGUUCAGAGAGGGCAUCGCUGCUUUGAUGAUCCGACACAAGAACAUGGCCGCAAGAUCCAAGAAGGUGGGUGGCAAAGGUGUAAAGGGCCGAAAGCGUGGAAGGGAAGUCUUGAGUCCCGAAAGCAAACGCCGUGAACCUGCAGAUUGUGAGGACUGCAGUGAUUCAUUUUAUGAAGGCUUCUAAUACUGAACUUCAGUCAGUUGCAUGAGAGUCCAUUUCGCCUUAUUGGAGACGC